AUGACACCCUUCCUGAAGGACUACAUGGAGCAGAACAUCACAGGGAUCCAGUGGGUGGCCAGCGAGGCCUGGGUCACAGCCUCAGUUUUCUCAGGGAGUGUUUACAUCCCUUACCUGGGAGGCACCAUCGGCUUUGGCAUCAGAAAAGGCUCUAUACCAGGACUCAAUAAUUUCAUACAAAGAGUGACUCCGCAUGUUUACCCUGGUAAUCUACUGGUACAAGAGCUAUGGCAGGCGUUGUAUGGCUGUGCGCCUGUCACUUCAGCUCAGAGCACAGAGCUGCCUCUCUGCUCAGGAAACGAAACACUGCUGGAGAAGCAUGCAGCGUAUAUGAACACGUUGAGUCCUCGAGUGGCAUACAACGUGUACAAAGCUGUUUAUGCAUUUGCUCAUUCUCUACACAACCUGUUUCUCUGUCAGCCAGGAGCGGGACCCUUUGAGAACAGCUCCUGUGCUCAAAGUAACAACAUUCUCCCUUGGCAGCUUCAGCAAUAUCUUCAAGAGGUAGAAUUCACUAUUGAUGGAGAAAAGGUGAACUUUGACCAUAAAGGUGACUCCAUACCAUACUAUGACAUCAUUAACUGGCAGAGAGGAACCAGUGGGAACAUAGAGUUUGUUCCAGUCGGCCUGUUUGACGGUACCAGAGCUGCAGGACAGGAGCUGGUAAUCAACGAGGACAGAAUUAUGUGGGCUGGCCAUCAGAGCAAGGCAAGCAGCUGCUCAAACUGUCUUUAUACCUUCUACAGAUGUCAGCUGUUGAAGUUCUGUAGGUCUUGGUGGAGGUAA